GGAAAAGUCGCCAAGUUUAGUUGUUCUAGCACAAGCCGUUUGGGAGAUAUAAAACGUCAAAGUUGGCGGUCACUUUUAGCGCCACAACCCCCCACCCCCAUCCCCGUCUGAAUAGGGCUAACCGUGUACUGUGAUGCUUGUGCUAUGAUCCUUGUAGUCAUCCUUAUGUAUAUACAAUAUCAUUCCGGGCCGUUGUCUGAGAAAUAAUUCAAUCUUUUGUCAAACAAAAAUUUUCCAGAAUGUAAUCGUCUCCGAGUGUACGUUGCAAUAGUAGCAGCUAUCAUGGUGUUCAUUUGGAUCAUGGGAGGAAUCUUUGCCGCCAUUUACUUCAAGACUGACCCACAUAAUCAUCAAAAGGUAGGCCAACGUCGUUUCUGCUUGUACGAAGACAUUCUGAUAUUAAAUGCUUCCACGAGCUAGUUGCUAUCUUACAGAUUUAUGGUACAAUGAAUCCUGAGAAAAUUUGAAAAGCCCUUGGGAGAUGCUGUAGAUGAUGCUUUCCAAAUGCUCUCCACUAAAAGAUUAGUAUUUUAAACGCACAAGAAGAUGAAAGUAUUGUCUUGUUCUUGUUCUUUUGCAGAUGAGAUCUGUCAAUUGUUCUAUUGGUCAAAACGUAGCACCCACGCUGACAGCAACCUCAAAAACAAACGUUAAGGUCACCAUUGGUGGGAAAGGAUUCUACCCUGGGAAAUUUUCAGAGCCACGUGGAGUAGCCGUUUCCUCCGAAGAGAUUUUUGUGUCUGAUAUGAAGAACAAACGAGUCCAAGUCUUCAGCAUGUCAGGAGUCUACCUCCGUUUCUUCCCAACCAUACUGCUAGGUAAAAAUGGGGAAGCCAUGUUCCCUACUGAUGUCGCUAUUGACGGUGAGGGUCUUGUGUGGGUGGUGGGGCGACCUUAUGUUGGCGAAGACGUGCUAUUUGUGGUACAGUACGACCCAAACGGUGUGCCUGUGACCAAGGUGGACGUACAAUGCUGGGCUUGGUACCCCAACAUUGCCGUGGACGCAAAUAACAACAAGAUCGUUGUGGAAACGUCUGACGAAAUUUGGAUCUUUCUGACAAACAGCUCGUUUGAGAGGCGGUUUGGAAAAGAUCAAGAACUAGAAAUUGACUACGUCACAACAAACAAAGACGGGGAUGUACUUGUCACUGACUAUACAUCCCGCGGUGUCUAUGUGUACACCAAUUCUGGGAAUUUGCGAUUCAGAUUUGGAGGCCGGGGAAGCGCUGAAGCUCAAUUCCGGUUCCCGAGAGGCAUUUGUACGGACCGUUUUGGUAACAUCCUCGUGGCUAACCAGGGUAAUGGGCGGGUCGACAUGUUCACAAGCCGCGGGAAGUUUGUCCGCUCCGUCGUUAAAAUCAACAACCCAUUCGGCAUUGCUCUUGGACCUGACGGACAGUUGGUGGUGACUAAUGUAUAUAGACACAGCAUAACCAUCUUUCCGAGUCAUAUGGUAUAUCCAUAGACUCACUAAAGCGCGCUCCUGACGGCCAA